CUUCAAUAAAAGUGAUAGCUGAUAUGUUUACUUUAUUUAUUUAGUGCGAUGUGAUGUUAUCAAAAUUUUUGUUUGCUUUUCAGUUCUGUUUCAUUUAUUCCUCUAAUUUUAACUUGUAUUUUUGUGAAAACAUAAUCUAUGACCCAAUGGAGGGAAAUAGUAAACUCUAUUUUUUUAACACGCAACACGACAUCGCGAAGACGUUACAGUUGCUACUGCAAAGUAAAUAACUCGACGUAAACGAUUUCAUUCUUCAGUUUUGUUAAUAAAGAAAACGGAUUCCGAACGGAACCAGAAGAGCGUUGAUUCCGACAAGAAAUGAAUCUAAACGCAACACUCACGACGCCAUCUCAAAUACACACAACAGUUGCACGAAACGCUAGCGUUGUUAAAUUCGAGAACGACAGUGUAUUAUACAAUCUGGCAUGUGUCGUCAUUGCAUGCAUCAUCCUUAUUGUGAACGCAACUGUACUACUGCUCAUAUACAGCAAACCGAAGUUAUUACGAAGCCUGUCUAACAAAAUCGUACUUAGUUUAGUCGCUUCAGAUCUGCUCACUGGCGUUUGUAUGGUGCUUCAUGCCAUUCCAGUCAUUGUACCCAAUUUCGCCAAACCUAAACACUCGAGUGAUUUCUGUUUUCGUGUUGUCGUUGACAUAGUGACACUUUGGCUGCAGCUUGUCAGCAUGGGGAACUUGUGUCUGAUUAUAGCUGAACGCUACAUUGUACUCAUGUACCCGUACUCCAAAGAUAAAUACAUUAGCAAAAACAAAGUGUUGAUAAUCUUACAACUAAUAUGGCUGCUCUCGCUGUGUUACCCGUGUAUUCAACUAUGCUGGGUGUAUAAGGUACUAGAUGGUAAUUUUACUCGCGCAGAAGACAAAUCCAUAGCAAAAGCAGACUCCACUUUUUCGGCAGUCUCCAUUUUUGUUUUCGUAUUACUUCCUGUUCUAGUAUUAUUCUUCGUCUUCCUACGAAUGUUUCGGGAAAUCAGAAAGUUUCCAAACAUCGACGCCAUUAAGAAACAGAGAGAAGAGAAAAGAGUGGUGAUCAUUUUUGGCAUCAUGUACACGAUGUUCGUUCUGUUCGCUUUACCGUACUUUCUUGUACGACUCUUUCUAGACUUGCGUUUAACCAGUUUCCAAACGAUGAAACUCGCUACGCAAGUUGGUUACGUUUUAAAGCACUUUCCGCCAUUAUUAAACCCGUUUAUAUACGUGCUCAAUAAGCCGGACUUUAAACGAGAACUGCACCAUAAGAAGGAGACAGUCAGUAGGUACUUAACAUCAAAAGCACAGUUCACCAAAACAACAUCGUUCGCUUCAAGAAGAGCAAGCAAUGAAGCCGUCAUAGCCAAACUUCUCACGCAGGAGACCAACAACAACGCCUAUAACAAAAUCUUACUAAAAUUCGAGAAGUCGCACAAAUAUGGCGCUGUUCAAGUAUAAGGCGGCGUCACGCAGAAAAGACGUUAAAGUAUUUUUAAACGUACCUGUACAUACCUGUAAAUAACUUAAAGAGAAAUCAAACAAUACAAGAAUAGUAAACAUGUUUUUUUUUUUUUCAUCGCUCUGCUAUAGGAUCUAUUCUGGGUUUGAAGAUGACGGAGUUUAUAAAAAUGGAAUUUCCAUAUGCCCUAUUGGUGAAAAUCAAAACUUUUGAAACAAAAAGGGUCGAGAAUGGGUUGGUAGGUUGUAAUUCACGAGGGGUAUGGGGAGUGAAAAAAACAAAAAUGUCAAAACGUCGCAAACCCUAUUCUUCCUCCAGUUCUCUUUUUGGCGAUAAA